UCUCGCGAGACAACGUGUUUUGCAUCUAGAGCUGCUGGUAGGGAAAGGGAUCCUGAAUUUAUUUCAGCCAAAGCUAUUUUUAGCUAGUUAGAGUUCAUUGUACACCACUUCAUAACACAAGUAUCGUUCACAGGAAAAACAUGGCAGAAACCGAUCCAAAGUCAGUUCAGGACCUUACUAAUGUGGUCCAGACGCUGCUGCAACAGAUGCAGGACAAGUUCCAGACCAUGUCUGACCAGAUCAUCGGGAGAAUCGAUGAGAUGAGCACCCGCAUUGAUGACCUGGAGAAGAACAUUGCCGACCUCAUGACCCAGGCGGGCGUGGAGGAGAUAGAAGGGGUCAAAGAACCACAGAUGAAAGAAGGGCAAGGGUCAUGAAGACAGGUGUGAUCUGCUAUCUGUGCGCAUCCAGGUGUGUAGUGAUAUUGACCCCUGACAGAAGUCUUGACAGAGGCGAUGGAUGGUGGUGAGACGGUAUCAGACCACAUCCAUCUGGCCUUCACUGAUACCAUGGCGCUGGACUGCAGAGAUACCUCAGCCUAGCCUUGUGGUCAGCUCCUGUCUGGUUGUGUUAUGUUCUCCCUGAACCUGCUCUGACUGCCAAAGAUAAAGGGUCAAGAAUGCCGUGGAGAAGGUUUGGACAGCAGGACAGGUACAUCACAAGGGUUUGAGAAGCUGCUGAUGGUGGGAUGCUAACAAAUAAACUCCAUAUUACACAC